CUGCCGAGUCCUCCUAUCCUGUCCUUCGCUAGUAAAUGAAUGAACCAACCCUGGAUUAAUGGAGCGGACGGGGGACGUGGAACGUCGGGCGCCGUCUCAUGUUGUGCUGCCAUAUACUACAAGACCCGGCGAGGCCCCGGCGGCCAACGAGAAUCAAUCCCAACGGGGAUCUCUCUUUUCCUUCGCUUCUCGUUCGUUUGCGGUGCAACAUAUCGUUCAUUUCACCUUCGUUCUCUUCUUACGCUCGCUAGAAGCUUAGCUUCCCUUCGAAUUUUAUGUCUUAAUAAUACCCCAAUUAAAUAAAUAGAGUAGCACGCUACACACAGAAAAGGAUGGAUCAGAUUAUAAUCCCGCCCAGGAAUAAUGGGAGGAACUCGUACAGAUAUACAUAUGAUGAUGAGGGGGGCAUACGGAAUGUCGAGCGGAUGUCAAGUAUCCAAGAACUCACCGAGUACACGACCUCGAGGUCAGGUCUUGCAUCGAGGAGCACCAAAUCGACGUUGAUGUGGCCAUUUCAUCACCGGGGUACCUCAGAGGCCGCCUCGACAACGAGGUCGAGUCGGUUGGGAAGGCUUCGCUCUAGUACCUGGAACUCACGGAGUAUUCUUCGAUCACUUGAUGAUACGGCCAGCAUUGAUCAAAGUCUUGUUCCCGACUAUGUGAUCAACUUCAUGAGGGGGGAGACGCCCGAAAGCUUGGCUAGAAAAAAGGAAGCGAGGCAAUGGGGCGAACGCCAAGUUACGAUCACGCCCCCUCGCCGAGACACAUUAACCUCUCAUCUCGUGGAAUUAAGCAACCACUUCACUUCGAGUGGAGGUGGUCUUAGUGGAAGUAGUCAUGGGAGCGAUUUACGAAGGCAUUUUACGGGAUGGCGAGGCGGCAUCGUAUACAACACACUGUUGGCAAUCAUAAUAUUGAUUGUCGGCAUAAUCAGUUUGAUAUUAGUGAUUACAAGGACGAAAGAGUUCUCGGGGCAGUUGGCGAUCUUCUCGGGUAAUUGCUCGACAGCGACUAGGAUCAAUAUAGGGGUACAUGUUGUUAUCAACGUGUUCACCGUCGUUCUCCUCGCCGGAGCAAACUACGUUUUCCAGAUCCUUACGAGUCCCACGAGACGCGAAGUAGCCGAGGCACACGACCGAAAACAAUGGCUCGAUAUCGGAAUGUGCUCACUACGCAAUUUCCUCCACGUUUCAGGAUUUCGAGCCGGAUUAGCAGCGGUAAUAAUAGUUGUCGCCAUCGCCCUCCAAGUAAUUUAUAAUGCAGUAAUUUUCUUCACCCAGACCUCACAAGACGAAUGUGCCGUCAAUGUCAGCAGCGCCAUGCUCGUCAUCGUAGCACUUCUCAACAUCAUACUAGUCGUCACCAUGGCUGUCAUCCUAGCCCGCUCGAGCUUUGAACCCCUCGCUACACUCGGCGAUGCCAUCCGCUCGUUCCUCCGCGUGCCGGACCCAAUGACGACCAAUGCGUCCCUCUUAACCAAGGCAGACCUCCACCAAGGCCACUGGGACGAAGACGUAACCAAGCAAUACACGCCGCGAAGCCACUUCUGGCUCGAGGCGCCCUCGCUGACCCGCUGGAUCCUCACCAUCCUCUCUUGGCUCCUAGUCGCAGGGCCAACGGCAGUAGCCAUCGCGCUAAUGGCGCGCGCAUCCAGCGGGGGCAUCACCACGCCCUUUGGGACGACAACGCCAGAGACGACGUUCGCGUUCCCGGCGCCCGUGGAAAUCACCCAGCUGGCAUUCGUCACGGCCCUGCCCCAGCUCCUCCUAAGCACGCUCUACCUAUCCACCAACGCUCUCCUAACAACAUUCUUCCUAUCCCACGAGCUCUCUCUCUUCGCCCUAGGCCCCCGCUCCCUGCGCGUCUCCUCCAACCCCCAAGGCACACAGACCGCAAGCCUGUACCUAUCCCUCCCGCGUCCCGUCUCGUGGUUUCUCCUUGCGACCUUCGCAGCGCUAGGCUUCGUCCUCAGCCAAGCCGUCUUCCCCAUCGUCACCAGCACCUCCUCCUCAGCCACCCUAGCCCCAAACGUAGCAUUCAACACGCAAGCCCUCCUGAUCCUCAUCGUCCUUCUAGCCGUGGUCUUAUUCUCGAUCCUCGCCCUCGGCUUCCGCCGCACGCCCCUCGUGGACAACGACGCGCGCAACGGUAACCCCCUCGUAUUGACAGGAGGCGUAUGCAGCGCCCUGAUCUCCGCGCGCUGCCAGGCCUCCCGCCAGGGCGAGUUCUGGCUCGGUCCCGUCACGUGGGGCGUCGUGGAGGAAGCGACCGCGACGCAGCUCGGCAGAUGCGCGCUCACCGAUAAUGCCAUCAGCCCCUUGGAUCCGAGGAGGGAAUAUGCUUAAAGGAAAUAAAUAUUUUCCUCUUCUGGAAUUUCCUCUUUGCGUGUGCGGGUUUGGCGCUUGGGCUACGGGCUAGGAUCGGAUCUGGCAUCAAUUUUUAACAUCAUCAUUACUAUUAUACCAAAUUCAAAAGCUAAAAAGCGUCUCUAUUUC